GUCUAUGACAUUACUUCAUUAAGUAUUUUGCAAACAUUUAACAUACUAUUUUCAUAACAGUGAAAAUUGUGAAAUAGGAACUAUAAUUUUUGCUAAGAUCGCACAGUUUGAUAUAACAUUACAAUGGGUGAGGAGGAUGAAUACGCAUGUGUAAAUAAAGCUCAGCUUAAAAUCAAAGAUAAUUCUGGAAUUAAGAAAAAGAAGAAGAAGAAAAAAGCCAAUAAGGAUAUAGAAAAAGCUAUUGAACACGAGGUCAAACAACAUCAACAACAACAACAAGUAAAACCAACUGAAGAACAGAAAAGAACUAAAGCAGAACUAGCUUUUCAGAAAAUGCAGGAAAAAAUGCAAAAGCAGAGGAUUCAACAAAAAGCAGAGAUGACACACAAACAGCGGGUGGAGAGAUUCAAUCAGCAUUUAGAUAGUCUCACAGAGCACUUUGAUAUACCAAAAGUAUCUUGGACAAAAUAAAACUAUACAGAUUGUAUUAUUAUGGUUUUGAUUACUUAAGAUGUACUGUAAUUACUAAUAUUAAAAUAAUAAUUAUAAG